AACUGUGAGCUCUUUGUGGUGCAUGUGAGGACAUAGAACUUGCAACCCCCCACAGAGUCCUUUCCAUGUCGCCUUUUGAUUGACGGGCCCAGCCAGCCAGCUAGCCAGCCAGCCCCGCCCCCUCCCUCUUGUGCAGAACUCCGUUCCCGCUGCUGGAGAGGCAAACAAGACAGGACCGGAGCGGAAACCAUCGCGGGCGACUUGAGGCACACUCUAUUGGCACCAGAACCCGUGUGGAGCUCGUUUGACAGACUUGGAUUUGUUGUAAGGCGUUUCGUUAAGGUUGCGCCGCACAAGCUGGACGAAUCGCCAUGACAACGGAGAUGCAAGAGAUCACCAUCACGGAGGACAAGCCCCUGCUCACUGGUCAGGCCGACUCCAGCAAGGAUGCUGAGCUGGCAGCCAGGAUUCUCCUGGACCAGGGCCAGGAGCAUAGCGUGGAGACUCCUCACGGCGUCCUGCACGUGACGCUGCACGGCACACGGAACAGCCGCCGGCCCGCCAUCCUCACCUUCCACGACGUCGGCUUGGACAGCAAGAGCUGCUUCUUGCCGUUAUUCAAGUUUGAGGAGAUGCAAGAGAUCGUCAAGAAUUUUACCCUGAUCCACAUCGAUGCCCCGGGUCAAGAGGAUGGGGCAGCUGUUUACCCGGCGGGCUACCAGUACCCAUCCAUGGAGACCAUCGCAGAGAUGAUUCCUGCCGUCCUGCAGUUUUUCAACUUCCGUACCGUCAUCGGAGUGGGCGUGGGUGCCGGGGCGUACAUCUUGACGAAAUUCACGCUCGCAAACCCAGAAUCUGUGGAGGGUUUGGUUCUGGUCAACAUUGACACAAACGCCCGAGGUUGGAUGGACUGGGCGGCUCAAAAGCUCAUCUCUGUGACUUCUUCGCUCACGGAACAGAUCAUGUCGCACCUCUUCAGCCAGGAGGAGCUGUCAUCCAAUGCAGAUGUGGUGCAGUUUCACAGAGAGCGCAUCAACAAAGCACCUCACCUGCUCAACAUCGAACUCUUCUGGAAAACCUACAACAGCCGCAGAGAUUUGAACCUGGACCGCAGUAGCACCUUCAAGUGUCCCGUCAUGUUGGUGGUGGGGGACCAAGCACCGUACGAGGACGCCGCCGUGGAAUGCAACAGCAAACUGGAUCCCACCACCACUUCCUUCCUCAAGAUGGCGGACGCCGGCGGCCUCCCUCAGCUCACUCAGCCUGCAAAAUUGACCGAGGCUUUCAAGUACUUCAUCCAGGGAAUGGGCUACAUGGCUUCAUCUUGCAUGACCCGCCUGUCCCGUUCACGCACCACCUCGCUGUCAUCCUCGUACUCCAUGGAAGGCUCGCGCUCGCGCACGCUGUCCCAGGGCUCGCAGGGGGGGCAGAUGCCGCCCAGCCCCUCACAGACCAUGGAGGUGUCCUGCUGAAGAGAAGGUGGGGGCGGACGGGGGAAGAAAGCCAAGAGAGACGGAAAAAAAGUCAAGACUGAUGUGUUCCCAUUAUUGUCACCGCAAUUCCCGUCAUUCCCCGGCUAGGCAGGAGGAAAAAAAAAAGUGUAAAGGGGAAAAGGGGCAAACAUCUGUCGUCCAUAUCCUCGCAUCCCCGUUGUCCAAAAGAAAAGAUUCUUUGUGAAGAGAGGGAGGUGGGCACAACGCGGCGCCCCGCUAGCUCUGUUGUUAGCCCUUUAAUUUAGCACAAGUAUGUGGUCGCUAGAGGCCCUAACUCAUAGUCAUAGUCCUAAAAAGAAGCUGACGACUGCUGUGUUGUACACAAAAGGUAGCCUAUAGCAGAGAUUAUGUGUCUGGACAACCUUCCGAACUACUUGUUCUUUUCAACUCCCGCGCCGAUUUUAUGUUAGCAUAAUUGUGCUGUCAGGUUGUUCUGUCUUCCAGCCUCCGUUUGCCGUUUUUUUUUGUUAGCAUCUGAGGAGAUGGACAGGGAGUUUUGUUUUUUUGGUGGGUGGGGGGGGGGGGUAUUGUUUUGGCUUUUUAAUGCCGCUCGUUCGUCCAACGACUACUUGUAACAUGCGAGCGCGCGUGGCGUCAGACGGCAAACAUUGAAGACGCCAGUCGCUCGAAGAGUGCUUCCGGUUCCCCCAACGCUGUGUCCGGGAUGCGCGGUGACGUCGCUACGUAGCACCAGGCUAAGCGUUCAGAAGGGAUCACUGUGUUAAUCUUGGUUUUUAAACUCUCUCGAAACCUCAGAUACCUCUUAACGAAACCCAGCCGCCAUACUUGAGUUUAUAUGCGUUCAAAAGAGACUCCACACAGCCUCCAUGUACCACUAAAAUGUCACUGCCAGCAAUACGAUAAGACACUUAAAAAAAAAGUGAACGACAACCAGUUCGUAUUCUUUAUUGGUUAUACAUGUCAAUCCUUUCUCACAGGAAACUGGAGUUAAAAUAUCUGUAGUGUCGUGAACCUUCUUUAAAAAAAAUCUAGCGGAGAAGAAAGUCACAGGAGUAAAUGAAAGCUAAAGCACUGCCCGGAGGACCGUAAGGGAUGUGUUCGACAAACGUACGUGGACUGAACCGGACACGUAAUUAAUUAAAAAUAAUAAUAAUAAUAAGUUGUGAAGAAGAAUUACAAUGUUAAAUGUGCCAGCCAAAGUGAAGGCAAAGAAAGUGAAGUGUAAAAGGGAAACUGAGCAGCUCUCACGUGAGGAUUUAAAAAUAAAAUGGAGGUGUGACGUUUUGUCCAUUUUCCUUCCUAAUUGCAUGUCUCAUAUUUUUGUGAAUAUUUCCCCAAAUGCUCAUUUAGUCUACCGAGUGUUAUUUUACUAAUUAUUAUUUUUGCUUUAGGCAAAUUCAUGUAAUAAACUUUGAAAAGAAAAUGCAAUCCCAUUUAUUUGUGUGACAAAAAAAUGUUUGUGUAACAUAAUGAGACUGAGAUGAAUAAAACCUUACAAAGAG